CAGAAAUGCACAUCUGUUUGAUAGACUAAAAUAAAUUUACAAGUAAUUUACCUCAAGAUUUAUAUUUCCUAUGUUUAACCAUAAAACAGAGUCGCAGUCUCACUUUCACAAUACUGUCUGUUAAAAAAUUGCAAUAUUUUGUAUUUUAGUGGAAGUUGAAAUAAUGUUAUUUGAUGUGAAUCUGAAUUGUUUGAUGCUUAAUCUGUCAUUCAACUAUUUAAAGCAUUUAACUCAAAAGGUUACAUCAUUUUAAAUCGUUAAUUUGAUGUUUGAUACCAUUACCAGAAUAAUUUCAUUGUAACUAUACAUUCUAUUGUUUUAACUUGUAUAAAAAGGAAUAUGAAUCUAGAGCAGUUCAUAUACAGUAAAUACCAUAAUUACUACAAUUAGUGAUAUGGUAAAACAAGUUAUUUCACAUUAGAGAGCUGCAGUUUGUUGGGUGCUUAAAAGAAAAUAGGUGACCAAUUAAAUGUAAUUACUCCACUUUGUCAAAAAGCAAUGACUUCAUAUUAAGAUGUCAAUGUGUAAUGAAGAUUUUUGACGACGCAGUGCUUCUGACAUUCAGUGGCUGGCCAGAGGGAGUGACAAAAAUACAAAAUGUUUCAUCCUGACACACUUGUCUUACCUGUCCAUCUAGGUGUUGGACACACCUUUUUUUUGGCUUUUGCACUAUUCUUUAUGACACUCCUUCCCUCUGCAACAUUCAGAAAUCAGGAAACGAUCAAACAGUUUUGAGAGCUCGGAUAGAAAAACUCGAGGAUCUGAAUGACUGAUUGACUUAACUUGUGUGGACUAACGUGAUGAUAUAACUGAAAGAUCUCUGGAACCGUACAGCUUUAGUAAGUCCAAUGGCGGAGUUGAAACCUGUCUCAGACACUCAUGCAAUACUGGAAUCUAUGCUUCAGAAAUUACGACUGAAUGCUCAAACCAACAGUAGCUCAGUCGCUGAUAUGCAAACAUGCAGUCCAUCUGGAGAAUGUAAUGCUGGACCAGCGGAAGAUUCAUCUAAACCAACAGUUUAUCCGUUUGGGUUUGGUUCCAAUGUUAAAGAGCCAGAUGGAUGCACCUCAGUCUCGAAUAAGUGGGAGAAUCCUUGGACUCAACAAUCCUCUCAUUGUGAGGAUGCAUUGAUUCCUGUUGCUAAACAACCGGUCAGAAGGAUCAGUAAAAACAACUCGGGAUUCUCUGGUAAACCUAAACGUCCACUGUUGAUUAGGGGGGAAUCAGACAAUCAGAUGCCCGGGCCGGAGAAGAAGCAAACGUUUUCUCUGGAUGGGGAAACCAACUCAAAAGUGCCAUUGUUAUACAAAACAGAAUCCUUCCAAAACCCUCCUGAUCUUUUAGCUCCAACGCUAACAACAUCAUCUACAGUGUUGGGAAAACCAGAGGUCAGAGGUCAAAGUGGCACAUGGAGUUGGGGUGCUGCAAUUGAGAGAAACGAAAGCCCCAGAUUUCAUGAGCAAUCAGGAAAAACGACGAAGACAAGUAGGAGGAAGUGGGGGGACGCUAAAAGGUGGGCUCAGAAUGUGAAAGAGAGAUGGAGAGAGAGACACAGAACCACACAGUCCAGACAAAGAGAUGAUGGAGAAAGACAAGCACAGAAUGAAGUACAAAGUAAUCGCUCUUCGUUAUUGGUGCCCAUCGAUGUGAAUGAAACUCCUACAGCACUCACUGAGACCACCGAUAUCCAUCAUGAAGAGAUCAGCACAGCGCUGGAUAGAGAUGGCCCUGGUUCACUCAGCUACAUGAGUGAAAGUCUGUUCUCAUUUGGCACUACUUCUAAUUUAAUGGAGGAGAUCUUCAGCGGGACGGAGUGGGCUCAGUUUCUCUCAGUUAACAGCACCAAAAUGCACCAGUCUAAAGAGUUACCAAAUACUAAUAACCAAUCACAUGAAGAUGAACUGCAAAGUAAAUGGACUCACGAAGGCACAACCGAUUUCCCAUUAGGUUCGACUCAGCUUUCGCUUCCAGAGAGCUUUGCACAAGACAUGGCCUCCGAUAAACAAACCGAGACGUCUCAAAUGAGUGUUACUUAUCUCCCCACAAAUCCAUUACAAACAGACCCGUUUACAAACCAGUCACAAAACACCAAUCUAAACCCCAACGAAUCUCACAAUAGUGAGCAAUCACAUGGGCAGUCACAUUUUUUCCAGCUUGAUCCUAAUGAAUCAAAGGCAACAUCUAGUCAAGUGUCCGACCCCAGCCAUAACCUACCACAAGAUGGGAUGGAGGAUUUUAUACCCCUCCUUGACCUUUCAUAUGUUAAGCCAAUAAAAAGAUCAUCUGUAACAUCCCGUGGAUCUCUGAGCCGAAAAAGAGAGCACUGGACAAAAAGCAGGGAAUCGUUUGAACACACAACACAAGAGAUGGAGGACGAGGAGAACGGCGGCUCUUUCACAACCACACAGCUGUCUUCAAACUCCCUCCACAGCCCUUCACCCACGUCUUCACUCGACUCAAUGAACUCAAUCUCUCAAGACUCAGAGACCUCUGAAACUUUGGAGACUGCAAACAAAAAGAGGAGGAUGGAAGACACUCGACACGUUCGGUUCUCUGAGGAGGUUAUCAUCUUACCGCCCACCUACUGGCCAGAGUCUGAUGAUGAUGAUGAAGAUGAAGAAGAAGAAAAUGAUGAUAAUGAUGAUAAUGAUUUGCAGGAAGAACCUUCUCCCCGUCAUUCUUUCCCUAAGUGGAUUGUGUCUCUAAAACCCAAAAGCGGAAAGUACAAAUUUUAAAUCUCUUCUCAUCUGACUCCACCUCUGAAAUUCUGCAGCUCACAUAAACUGAAGACUGUAUUUCCUGAGGCAAGAGCGACACGGCACAAAUAAUCGACAAUUAUCAUUAUUACAUUCUGAAAAGAAAUCUUUUUAAUGAGACUGUGAUAUGCCAGCAUCAAUUUGAUAUGUCAUUACAUUAAGCUAAUUUUUUUAAUAAAAAUGAAGGAAAAUGUAAUACAAAUAACAAUAGAAAUAUUUAACUAAGAUGUUGUGCAGUUUAUUUUCUAAGGUAACAAAACGUACAAUCUCAGUCAAAGUAAAUAAAGUCAACAGUAUGAAAAUCAAGACGAUUUAGACAAUGAAUUCACAUUAAACACACAAAAUAUCCAUGUAUACUUUUAGCUGAAAGGAAUAGUGUAUAUACACUCACACACUCUCUUUCUUUGUUCAUUUUACAUGCUCAACAAUGUAUGUAUUACUUAAUGAAUUAAUUACUGUUCUUUGUAAAUUUAAUGUACGGUUGCUUAAUUACUGUUUGUAUAUAUUCACUGUCAGUCAAAGCUUCGACUUAAACUCUUACUUGUUAUCUAAGAUAGCUUUAAAUUAAAGUUUUGCAUACAAAAAUUCAGUAAAAUGUGAUCAUUUGUGAAUUUCUUGAGAAAAUGAGAUGUAUAGACCACAUGGAAAGCAGUGCCCAGCAUAUAUGGAAACAAUACGAGAUAAUACGAUAUUUAAUAUUUUUGUUUACUAUGUAACUAAUGUACUUACAUUUGUGUUGUUUCAAAGUUGUGUUAAAUCUAAUUUAAUAAUAAUGACCAGGUGUGUACAGACUUUUGACUGUAGAUGUGUGUCUUCUCAGGAUUUGUGGUUGACUGAAAAAAGCCUUUAUUUAAAUUAGUUUUUAUCAAACCAAGCCCUAAAUGUUCACAGACUAUGAUUUGUAUGCUGUUACUUGACUGUUACUGUAUACUGUUGCAUAAAAUUACAAAUCCAGAAGUAGGAAUAUUAUUUGAAAGUCUCAUUGGUUUGAAGGGC